AUGGCGAGGAAGAAGCACAAGCCUGAUCAGCUCAAUAAGCAGACCCUGGAGCGGCCGGCAGCACCUGUCCCACCACAGAAUGCCUCUCCCCGGACACAGCAGUCUAAUACUGUCUACACCAUCCUUAGGGACAAAAGGUUUCAGAGAGCUCUACAGCUAAUCUUCCUUGCGGCACUAUAUGCCCCUGUCUCGCAACUGAAUUUAUCACCGGUCUACGGAUCGGUGCCGGCAGGCUUGUACCAUAGAUAUGGUCUGACGGCAUCAUUCUUGCUUGCGUUUGUUCUUCGUGGCUAUCUUCCCCGUUGGAUCGGCCAAGCCAUCACUCCCUUUUGUUUCUGGAUUCCUACGCUGCAAUUCUUGCUUUUUCGGCUCAGCGCAGUCCUUGGAAAUCCGCUGGGUCCGAUUGUUACGGAAAGCCUGACAUGCUUUCCGCUGGUGGCGCUGUCCGUCUACGUUGCAAUGCAAAAGUUUGACGAGUUAUUCAACAACCAAGACACCUCAGGGCAUGGUGAUGCUGUGCCUUCUAUUGGGCUGUUGAUGCUCUUCACCGUCCUGCGGAGGGCUUGUACAGGCUUUGUGUCGUCCAUCUCUGGACCAGGCUUUCUGCGGUCCCGCAUUGGAUUACAGCUAUUGAUCGCCUCAUUAUAUGGAAUGGUGCUGCCAAAGAGCCUGUUCUGGCCCUCGGUGCCGGCCGUCGCCUUUACUAUGGUCGCCAACCCUCAUUGCACACUGUCGAGAACGACCCAAGUAUUGAACAAUACCCUGGCCUUGUACGAAUAUACUCUGUUGGAACGGAAGGAGUCCAUCACCGGCUACAUUUCCGUGCUUGAGGAUAAGCAGCGCGGCUUCCGCGUGAUGAGAUGCGACCACAGUCUUCUUGGAGGUGAAUGGAAGAUGCCACCACUGAAGCAAGGCCGACGGAAAGUGGGGGAGCCAAUCUACGCCGUCUUCACCAUGCUUGAAGCGGUGCGCCUUGUAGAGCCGUCUUCUACACAGCCGGAAAAGACAGCGUUGAACAUCGGACUCGGCAUUGGGACCGCGCCAUCCGCGCUGAUUGCACAUGGGAUCAAUACUACCAUAAUCGAGGUUGAUCCAGUGGUACACGAAUUUGCCAUCAAAUAUUUCUCUCUUCCCCACAAUCAUAGCUACUUGAUCGGUGAUGCUGUGGCAGCUGUCCGCAACGCAAAUGCUUCAGAAGCCAAUUCCUAUGACUACAUCAUCCACGACGUCUUCACGGGCGGCGCAGAGCCUGUCGAGCUUUUCACCGCCGAAUUCUUCAGAGGUCUGCACAUGCUGCUCAAACAAGAUGGGGUGAUAGCCAUCAAUUACGCAGGAGACAUCACAAUGCCAGCCUCUUCGCUGAUAUAUCGCACCAUCACGUCUGUUUUCCCGUCGUGUCGAGCCUUCAGAGAGGACGAACCUCCUGAACCCGGCACCAGACCCGACGAUUUCACGAACAUGGUCGUGUUCUGCCGCAAAGACAACUUGCCGAUCAAAUUUCGAAAGCCCACCCAGCCAGACUAUCUGGGAAGUGGAGCUCGACGGGAGUACUUGUUACCAAAGUACGAAAUCCCAUCAGAUGCAUUCAACAAGAACAACGGUAUUCUCCGGAGCGGCAAUACAAAGGAACUCGAGAAAUGGCAGGCAAAGAGCGCUCUGGGCCACUGGAGGGUCAUGCGGACUGUGCUGCCUGAUGCGAUUUGGGAGAAUUGGUGA